UCGAAGUAGGUGGUUGCCGGGCUGUCACUAGGAAACCACAGCACACGACACGACAAGGAAACACCACCUGCGAUAGUGGACUGAUUAGGUAACUGGAUAUGAAGUGACCAGAGCUCCCAAUAUCUGAAAUAACUACAGAGCUAUGUAUGGUCCUGGGGUGAAAGUGGGAAACUGGCUGGAAACUGCUUUGUCGGAGGAGAUGCGUGUGAGUGAAAUGAAGAAGCGGCGGGAGAGCGGUAACCUGUUGCUGGACAGAACCCGCGGCGUCUACGACCGCUUCUACCAGGGAACAGUGCUGGGUCCUCCGCAGGAUGUUCUGGCCUUCGGAGUGGUGGUGCAGAUCCGGCCCGUGAAUAUCAGUGUCUGCCGCCAGCAGGUUGCAGAUCAGAACCUGGUGCUGUCGGUGGUAAUUACCCAGGAGGGACUUCAUCGCAACUGCAACACCAUCAACGAGAUGUGCGAUCUCACGGUGGCUCCUUCGCCACAUCCCGCAUUGCGCAACAGCUUCAAGAUCGUCAGUCCGAACGAGGAUGACCGUUCCGGUCAGUAUCUGGCUUAUGGCGAAAAGUUCCGCCUGCAAGCCCUGGAGCCCGCUGAUGAGCCCAUGUAUGUUUUCAGCGGACCCAAGAGGCUGAACCUCUCGCUCCCCGUGGACAAGGCGUUCUUCACCACGAAAAACGGCGAGGUUACACUUCCUCUCGGCUUAGUAUCCCAUAAGAACUGUGGCCCUUCUGCCCGAGUGCCCACUUCGCACACUCACUUUUUCUGCGCCCACAAGGAUCCCGAUCUUCGAUUCGAAAACGAAGGCAAAACCAUACCCGUACACAAUCCGCUGAUCAUUGUUCACGCGGUGACCAAUCGAAAUUUGGCUGUGGAGAAUGUUUUGGCCAACACCUUGUUUGGCCCUGAGUUCCAGGUGUCCGUGCAGACGUACAAGAAUGUUUACAAGCGCGAGACCUGGAAAAACCUGUGGAAGUUCACGUAUUGAUAGCGCUCUUCCCUCGUGCCAGCUUAUUUUCUGGCUUUUGUAUGUCAUAUUAUUCAGUUUGGUUAUGGCUCGUACCUGCUGUGGCAUCCAAACGACCCAAUCAAAUGAGCUGUUGCGAGUUUGCCUGUUUGUUCAGCAUGUCAAAAUAAAAGACUAGACGAGGAGCCGUCGUAAAUUCA